UGCGGGCAAGGGAGCUUACGAAAACGAUGUUUAAGUGAUGUCAAUUUCCGAUGUGGAUACCGAGGAUGUGUUGAGGUUGAGGGUAUAAACUAUUAAUGUGAUGUAGUGUAACCAAUAAACUAUGGAUACUAUAAAUCAGUGCGAGAUUCAGUCACUAAUCGAGUAUUUUUCAAAGACUAUGUAUCGAGCAAAAUAUGCUGACGACAUUGCAAAAGAUGUCAUGGGAAAAUGUAUAGAAUUGGCAAAACUCGACUACAAUGUUACGAUACUGGAUAAUAGCUCUGGUGAUCUAUGCGCUCACUAUCCCAGUCACCUAAUAUUUAUGGAAUCGGAAAACAAUCCUACUGGAGAGCUAAUAAAGAACACUAUAUAUGAAGGUAUUGAGCCACAGCGUCUUCGGGAGCUCAUCAGUAAAUCCAGAUCAGCAAGAUGUCGUACCAGGUUCCCCAUGCCUGUGAUCUUCUAUCAAGGGAAAUACGUCUGCAGGUCAGCAACUCUUUCUGGAGGUCCUGAAAUAUAUGGCAGAUCUGGCUUUGAUUAUUUUUUUGCUGGUGACCAAUCAGAGAAUAAUGAUGAUGAAGAUAUAGAGCAACCAAACAACUGCAACAAUUGGGUUCUCUGUGAUCAAGUGAGGAAGGAAGAUAUCAAGUUGCUGAGGGCCCUUAACGUCGGAACAAUAGUCGACUUCAUGGUUGAGAAGAAAAAAGUAAAAUUUGGCUUGAAUGUUACUUCUUCAGAGAAAGUGGACAAAGAAAACAGAUAUUCCCAGUUCACAAUUUUAUCCCUUCCAUAUCCGGGCUGUGAAUUUUUCCGAGAGUUCAGAGAUCAAAAUUACAGUGCUGAAAAUCUGUACUAUAACUGGAGUCAGACUCACGUGGAUGCUGAAAUAAUAGUUCCUCAGGAUAACAUCACUGAACGAGUACAAGUCAAGUGGAAGGAUUACAAGGCCGUCGACACACGGGAAGACUGUUUUCCAACUGAAAUCGGCAACCAGUUGGACAAACUAGUCGCCUACGUCCCGACCAAUGUAGUUAAGUGGGACAGUGCACACGGUGCGACUGCGAUGCGACCAGUUGAGGACCAGUCGGCGAUCCGUCGUUAA